AUGGCCGCUACCGUCCACCACCACCACCAUCAUCACCACAGCGAGUCGACGCCCCUCAUCAACGCCUCCCGUGCCGCCGCCCUCGCCGAGCAGCGUCGCCGCCGUGAGAACAGCACCUGUCGCCGCUUCUUCCUCAUCGCCGUCUCCUGCAUCGCCCUCUGGGGCCUCUUCUCCUUCUUCUUCCAGGCAUUUUUCGUCUGGCCCUACCACUACCACCGCUCCCACAGCGGUCGCCACUCGGCCACCGAUCGCGACUCCGGCCGUGGUACCCUGACCUUCGAGCAGCUCCAGGCCAUCCUGCUCGACACCCCCGACGCCGACAAGGCCCGCGAAUGGAGCCGCUACUAUACCGCCGGCGCCCACCUUGCCGGCAAGAACUUUUCCCAGGCCGAAUGGACGCGACAAAAGUGGGAGUCUUGGGGCGUCCCCGCUAGCAUCGCUACCUACGACGUCUUCAUCAACUACCCCGUCGACCACAGCCUGUCCCUGCUGGAAAAGGCCAAGGGCCACUCCAGCUCCUGGGACGUCUCCUUCCGCGCCUCCCUCACUGAGGACGUGCUCGAUGAAGAUCCCACCAGCGGCUCCCCCGACAGCAUCCCGACCUUCCACGGCUACUCGGCCAGCGGCAACGUCACGGGCCAGUUCGUCUACGUUAACUACGGCACCUACGCCGACUACGAGGACCUGGUCGGCGCGGGCAUCGAUCUCACCGGCAAGAUCGCAAUUGCCAAGUACGGCGGCAUCUUCCGUGGGCUAAAGAUCAAGCGCGCGCAGGAGCUCGGCAUGGUCGGCGUGCUCAUCUAUAGCGACCCGGGCGACGACGGCGAGCGCACCGAGCAGAAUGGCUAUGCCGCCUACCCUGACGGGCCUGCGCGUCAGCCAAGCAGCGUCCAGCGCGGCAGCGUCCAGUUCCUCAGCACCCGGCCCGGCGACCCGACCACGCCGGGGUACCCAUCCAAGCCGGACUCCCCGCGCGCGCCCCCGGGUGACGCCAUCCCCAGCAUCCCCUCGCUCCCCAUCUCCUAUGCCGACGCGCUGCCGCUGCUGCGCGCGCUCAACGGCCACGGGCCCAAGGCCAGCGACUUUGGCAGCCCGUGGACGCGCAACCUCGGCCUCGCCCACAAGGGUGUCGAAUACCAUGUCGGCCCGUCCCCGGCCCACCUCGCCAUCAACCUGCACAACGAGCAGGAAUACGUCACCACACCGCAGUGGGACGUCAUUGGCAUUGUCAACGGCACGGUACCCAAUGAGGUCAUCGUCGUUGGUAACCACCGCGAUGCAUGGAUCGUCGGCGGCGCGGGCGACCCCAACAGCGGCUCCGCCGUCCUCAACGAGGUCGUCCGCGGCGUCGGCGUCGCGCUCGCGGCCGGCUGGCAGCCGCACCGCACCAUCGUCUUCGCGUCCUGGGACGGCGAGGAGUACGGGCUGAUCGGCAGCACCGAGUGGGUGGAGGAGUACCUGCCUUGGAUCGACGACGCGAACGUGGCCUAUGUCAACGUCGACGUGGGCGCGGCGGGCCCCAUCUUCCAGGCCUCGGCCGCGCCGCUGCUCAACCAGGUGCUGCGCGACGCGGCGACGCUGGUGCCGUCGGCGAACCAGAGUGUGGCGGGCCAGACGGUGGCCGACGUGUGGGACGGCCACAUCAGCACCAUGGGCAGCGGCAGCGACUUCACCGCGUUCCAGGACUACGCGGGCGUGCCGUGCAUCGACAUGGGCUUCAAGGCCGGGCCCGUGUCGCCCGUCUACCACUACCACUCCAACUACGACAGCUUCUGGUGGAUGGACACAUACGGCGACCCGGGCUUCCGCUACCACCGCAGCAUGGCCCAGCUGCUCGGCGUGCUCCUGGCCGAGCUCGUCGACAGCCUCGUCAUCCCCUUCCAGGCCGCCGAGUACGUCGACGCCCUCGGCAGCUACCUCGACCAGGUGGAGAGCAAGCUGCGCCGGUACGACAGUGGUGGUGACGAUGGGGAUCACGGCCACGAGGACUACGCCAGCAUCGAGAGCAUGGAUGACGAGACGCUGUUCCUCGAGCGCGGUCGCGUCGGCGGCGGCGGUGAUGACAUGGCGAGGGGCAACGCGGACGCCUUCUGGACCAGUCUCAAGGACAUGCGGCUGUCGCUGGCGCGCUUCCGCAUCGUCGCGGGCGAGCUGGACGAGCAGGCGGAGCGCGCGCGCGAGGCGCUCGACCGCGGCCUGCCGUGGUGGAACGUUGUCGGCAAGAUCCGCCUGGGCGUCACCGUGCUCGUUGUCAACUACAAGUACAAGGGGCUGGAGCGGCACUUUUUGUUCGAGGGCGGCCUGGACGGCCGCAGCUGGUUUAAGCACGUCGUCUUUGCGCCUGGUCUGUGGACCGGGUAUGCCGGUGCGGUGUAUCCCGGCCUGAUGGAGAGCAUUGAUGCCAAGGACUACAGCAAUGGGUUGAAGUGGUCUGGCAUCAUCAACAAGUGCAUUCGCAGAGCGACGAAGAGCCUGCAGUAG